AUGGAUCCGCUGUCGCUCGCCGCCAGUAUCGCUGGCCUGGUGAGCCUCGCGGGUGCCGUUAUAUCAGCCGGUUACAAAUUGAACUCAAAGUUGAACGAGGAUACGAGCGACACCAAGACCCUGAUUACCGAAACAGCAAACUUCUCAGGCAUCUUGCUGGGUGUAAAGGCACACCUAGAGUCUUUCAAGGGUCUUGAUGUCGAUUUAGAUGCCGUUCACAACACAAUUGAAGACAGCAAGCUUACGAUAAAGCUUAUCGAUGAGUUAUUGGCCAAGCUCUCAAAGUCAAAUCGGAUUGAGAUGUUUAUCAAAGCUGGUGGGCGGGAGGAGCAGGCUGUCAAGUUGCUUCGGCGCAUAGAGCAGUACAAGAUAUUCUUUGUUCUAUGCUUUCAGCUUGAGCACAGCUCUCAAUCCGAAACCCUACAGAUACAAAUGGAGGGGAUUGUGGCUCAAUUGAGCUCAUUGGACAAAAUUCAGAGAGGCGUUGAGAAGGCAGUUGGCAAGUUGGUAGAUGCUGGUCAAAUUCAGCAACAGGAAAAGAUCAUCAAGUGGCUUGGCACACUAACGGAGGAUGAGCAUGAUGAUCUAUGCAAGCAACGCGAUGCAUCCUCAGCAGAGUGGAUAUUGAAGAGGCAGGAAUUCAAUAGCUGGCUCUCUUCCCCAGGUUCAGCGUUAUUAUGCCUCAAUGGAACACAGGGCUCGGGAAAGUCGGUUAUCGUAUCGAAAAUCAUCGAAUCGCUUCAAGAGUCUACGUUUGAGCCUGGAAGUAACGCUGUAGUUUACCACUACUGUCGCUUCACUAACCCAUCCAGCCUCUCAGCUACGAACUUAGUCGGGUCGCUUAUAGGCCAGCUUUUCAAGCAAUCUUCUAACCCCAGCGCACUCCUAGAAGUUGUGAAUGUUAUCUACGAAAAGCAUCACAAACGAUCAUCUCACCCAAGUCUCCAAGAUCUACAGUCGCUAUUUACCAAUGUAUCAAACUACUUUGAGAGAAUUCUCCUUGUUAUCGAUGGUUUGGACGAAAUGAGUGGCUACUGGGAGGUCUUAGACUUUCUAGAGACUCUACCCGAGGCAGAUACCGAGUUCAAGGUUUUUAUAGCGAGCAGGGCUGGAAUGGGCCUUGAUGAUGCUUUUUCAUCAUGCUUCAAAAUCACAAUCACCUCGACUGAUGUUGCAUCUGAUAUUGAGAGCCUGGUUCGCAAGAAGCUCAAUAAGCGCCGAUUCCGCGGAUCUGAAGUUGAGGCAGUUAUCAAAGAGCUAAUUGUUCGUGCUGAUGGAAUGUUCAUCUGGGUCAUCUGUCAAAUCGACCAUCUUACUCGUGUCCGAACGACUCUCAGUCCAAAACUUGUGCAGGCCCUACCUCGCAACCUCGAAAAGACCUUUGAACAGGCCUUUCAAACGCUCGAAGAUGAGGAAGAGAAGAAGCUUGCGAAGCGCAUCUUACAGUUCGUUAUGUUUGCUAACAAACCCCUCGAUUUGUCAGAAUUAGUGGAAGGUAUUGCCAUUACGUCAGAUACAAAGACACUCGACGAUGUGCAAUCCAACUCAUUACGUGAGAAGAGCUACGUCUUCGAGCUCUGUGGAAGCCUUGUUCGAGAAUCACAGGCAACAUCCAAGAUUGAUCUGGCACACUACUCUGUGUAUCAGUUCCUCCAGUCUCCCAAGAUCGAGGGCAACAAGGAAAACGAACUCUAUCUUGACAAGUCCCAGGGCAAUGUCGAGCUCCUCACAGCUUGCAUUCAGUAUCUGACCAUCGAGAACGUUUCGGCUGGCGGAAUUGCCGAAGAGGUAGAGGCUGCACUAGAAGAUGACGAUCUGUACAUCAGCCCCGAAGUGUUUGCCAAUACGCCGUUUCUUCAGCAUGCUGUUAGUAACUGGCCAGCUUAUACUUCAAGGCUCUCAGAUACGGAGCUUAAGGAUAUCUGGACUUCUAUUUUCCUUCCAUUCUUCGAGCCUAGUUCCAACUACUUCAAAUUCUGGGUUCGCAAAGCGCGUUAUCUUCACGGAUACUACAAGUAUCCUCCGGGAAUUACACCACUGCACGUCGCUGCUGUACACGGAUUGCCAAAUCUGGCAAGGAUCCUUUUGGAAGAUAGCCAUCUCAGCAAGGCAACCUGGCAGAUAUCGAAAGCCAAAGUGGGAAGUAGGACGCCGCUACAUAUGGCUAUCGAGAAUGGCCAAAACUCGGUGAUUGAGCUGCUUCUGGAACUUGAUCUUAUCGACGCAACUGAUGAGAGAGGUAGAACCCCUCUGCACCUAGCUAUAGAGUGUGCAAACGAAGAAGCUGUCUCUAGGCUGAUCUUAGCUGGUGCAAAUGUGAACCACUGUGAGGCUGAUGGACGAACACCCCUCUUCAUCGCCAUCGAGAACCACUGGGAUGGUCUCGCAACACACCUCGCAGAGAUGGCGAACCAGCAUACUACCAUGCCAGAUGGACGCGGGCCAUUUCACCUCGCGGCACAAACUGGAAGUGCGACGUGGAUGAAGUGUCUGAUGCUGGCAUUUCCUCCAAGGGCCGUAAACAAUCGUGAUAGUCGUGGCUGGACCCCUCUACUCUACGCCGUUGACAGAGGCCAUUUGGAUGUCGUCAAGCUUCUACUAUCAAAUACGAACUGUGUAGAGGUCGGUGAUAAGAACGGAUGGACGCCCCUGCAUGCAGCUAUCAAGCAACAGAAUGUUGACUGCGCUAUGGAGUUACUGAUCUCUAAUAUUCCCAAGUUACCAUUUUGGCAAUAUAGACCUGAAGAGCCUGUAAGAGGAAUGCAAGAACCUGGCCCUGAGAUGACAGGGAAAUAUGGUGAGGCAUAUAGGUCGAGACAAUCUGCCACGGCAACUAGGGGAGGCCCAAGUGAAAGAUGGAGUGCCUGGGAACAGCAAUCAUCAUCUGAACCCCCCCAAGAGGCGACAGUCUCGUCACCGUUACUUCUGGCAGUGUCGAACAAUUACAAGGUUGGGGUCGAACUGCUCCUCCGACAUGCCGAAACCUACGGUCGAAAGGAAAUAGGCCUACUAGAAGAAGAUGGUGAGUGCCUCAAAGCAUCGAUGAUGUUGACGGAGACAACCAUCUUCAAGAAGCUCGUUCCGGUCGUAACGGCAAAGAGCAUACUGGCUGUCCUGCCUGAUUGUCUCGAGAAGGGUGGAGUGUUCAUGGAGAUACUGAAGCAAAGACUUGACAGUGCUUUUGCGCACCAGCAGCUUCUACCAGAGGCUUUGUCGGAUGGCAGGCUGUCGCUUGAGGUUCCGCAUAUGAUACUGGAUACCUGGCCAGUCCAAGCCACGUCACUUCCGGACAACAUACUUGACAUCGCUGUAAAGGUUGGAAAUGACCACGAGUUACGCUUGAUGAAGCGUCUCAUAGAUGGAGGAGCCAAUACCUCUUAUAUCGACACGGACGGACAGACCCUGUUACAUACGGCAAUCGAUCAUCUCAAUUGGCCCGCUACUACCUUUAUGAUCCACAGUUUGCCUUUCAACAAGGGGAUAUUAUCCAGCGCUCUUCACCUUCUCGUUGACGAGGCUCCAACACAAGAAAAAGAAAUCAUCCCUGAGAUUCUCGCAAUCCUAAAACUGCUUCUCGAAAAAGGCGCUGAUAUCAAUAGACGGGAUAAAUCUAACCGCAGUAUCUGCCACUUAGCAGCUGGACGAGAUGACAGUGCGUUCUUGAUAUGGGCGUUGGAUAAUAACGCGAUAGUGGCUCCUCCAACCUCGAGAGAUGAUACUCCAAUCACCGUGGCUGUGAGGUAUCGGAGAUACGAGAACCUGAAGUGUCUUCUAGAUGACAUUCUUUUCACUGCGCCGGAGUCUCUGGUGGAGUUUCUGGCUACGCCGAGUACAAGCUAUGGGCCACCUCUCAUACAGGCCAUUGAGAUCUCCGACAUUACAAGCCUGACUGAGCUUGUGGUAGCUGACAGGAUUGCCGAGCCGCUGGUUAAGAAGGAUAUCGAUGAGUAUCAAAGCAGGCGGCUCACUGCUUUUACUGAUGCACUGUGUACUGCUAUUAGGAAGCAAUCGGAUGAGGCUGCGAUGCUAUUGAUCAAGUCUAUGAGCAACAUCUCAUCUACAAGCUCGUCAGGAGAGACACCUCUUCAUACGGCAGUGAAAGCGGAAGACGAGAAGAUGGUCAAAGCGUUGCUUGAGAACGGGGCACAGGUGAACGUACCGCAUCGUGACACCGGGGAAACACCAUUCGCAGCUGCAACAGUCGCCAAUCUGACAAGUAUCAAGGCUAUUCUGAGCGAGAAGCAAGUAGACUAUCAGCCCCAAGAUAUCAUUGCUGCAGCCAAAGCUGGAGACGAAGGCCUGGUUGCAAAAGUCCUGGCUGUGUAUCCUGACGACCAGUACAAUCAGAGAAAGGCACUAUUCACCGCACGGAAACUACGACAGAAGAAGAUUGAGAAGACACUCUUGGAAAUCUUGCCAGCACAGGCUCAAUCUUCCCUGGUAGACGAUAUAACCAGAAAUGCAUACGGUGAUACAGUUCUUCACCAGGCGGUUCGUGCGAUGAACCCUGAGAAACUCAAGUCCUUGUGCAGCGGGUGUGAUAAAGAGCUUCUGGAUGCUCAUGAUCUUGGUGGCGACUCUGCACUGAUGCUUGCUAUACGGAUGUGCCACUGGAGCGGCGCUGAGGUUUUGGCUAAAGAAGGGGCGGAUAUAAAUGAGGCGCUUGAGAAGGCACAUGCCGCGAAGUGCGAUAUUUGGAUUGAUAAGCUGAACGAGCUUCAGAAUCGUUAUGGUAGGGUCAGGCAGCGCCUGUUUGCUCCUGGGAGUGGUAGAUUAUAAGAUUAGCUUUUGAUAGCCUGUCCUUAGCCUGGUGUGGCAGUAAGCGAUAGUGGUCACCGUUACCUACAAUUCUACAGAAAGGUUGAGGUGACAGCCAACCAAACAAGAAACCAUGUAAAAAGAACCUCCACUAGUUCACUGUAUACCUACUA